GUCUCGCUCUUUCCCCGGGCUGGAGUGCAGUGGCGCGAUCUCGGCUCACUGCAAGCUCCGCCUACCGGGUUCAUGCCAUUCUCCCGCCUCAGCCUCCCGAGUAGCUGGGACUACAGGCACCCGCAGCCACACCUGGCUAAUUAUUUGUAUUUUUAGUAGGGACGGGGUUUCACCGUGUUAGCCAGAAUGGUCUCAUCUCCUGACCUCAUGAUCCACCUGCCUCGGCCUCCCAAAGUGCUGGGAUUACAGGCGUGAGCCACCGCGCCUGGCUACUGGGGUCACUAUUGAAGUUGGCUAAUGUCACUAUUGAAGUCAAGUGAGAGGGCCCUCUUGGAGUCAGACCACCUAGGUUCAAAUUCUGGCUCCUGCUUCCGGCUCCUUUCCUCUGUCCCCCUUCUCCCCUCGGUGCCCUCCAACCAGUGGGCCUGGGAAAACGUGUUCAUGCUGGAAAUGCCUGCCCAGCCCUUGCCCAGUCACACAGAGCAAGUGCCCCAGAAAUGUCCUGAACCUCAGUUUACUGAGGGGAAACUAAGAACCUUCUGGCUACAGCUCUUGGGCUGAGCAGGGAUUAGGCUCGGGUCUGCGAUCCCAGGCCCUGAGGCCUCCCAGAGGCUUGGUUGAGAGCUCUGGCUCUCACUCCCCCACCUCCACCCAGCACCUGCCCCGGUCCAGGCUCACCCCCUACCCCUCCACCUGGUCAGUGGUGGCUCGGCCUCCUCUCAGCCCCUCCACCCCUCCUGGCUGUACACACCCUCAAGCUAACGGAACUCAAACUGGUGGAGGAAGGCCUGCCCUGUCCCUCCCAGCCCCUGCCUCUCCCUCCCUACUCCCAGCCUCACUGGACCACUUUCAAGUCCUCCAGUGCUCCAGGCUCCAUCUUCAUGCCUCCAGGCCUUUGCACGUGCUGGUCCCUCUCCCAUUUUCCUGGUUAACUCCUCCACCUCCAUCCGAGCUAGGAUCUUCCCCUAGAGAGUGUCCCAGUUAGCACCACCCCACAACACACACACACACCGACAUACACUCCCCACAUCACAGGGACCACAUCCCACACAGGCACAGACACACUGCAUGACACAGAUCACAGGCACAAAGGUGCAUGCUCUAGCGUGCAUGCGUGCACACAUACACACUCCCACUCCAUAUGCCAAUACACUUAUCCCCCCACUCCCACAUCACACAGACGGUUGGUUCACACACUCCUCACAUGCUCUGGCCACACAGUAAACACACACAGACCACAGAGCUCAUGUCUGGGCUGCCCUGGUGCCCUCCUCUUGGCUCGUGCCCCCAGCCUCAGCAUUUACCCCCCAUUGAGGGCAGGGACCCAUCCAUCUCCGUUUUCCUCCAUUUCAGCUCAGGGCCCUGCACCAAGUCUCUCCCAGUUAUUGCUUGGACCCGGACUCCUCCCACAGUCACCACUGUCACAGUCCCACCUCCUUCAAGGUCUCAAACACCCCUCCCCUGUUUCUGGCAGGAGCCAUCCUCACUCCCUCUAUUGCCUCUCCAGACCCAGACUUCACCCUCAGGUCACCCUCACCUGGACUUUGGGGUGCCCCACACCCCGCCCCAGGCCCUGGCCUCUGGAAUAUUUGGAAACUUGAACUGGGCCAGAGGCUUAAGCUCACAUCUGUCUGGAGCCUCAACUUUCUCCUCUGUAAAAUGGGCUAACGCUGAAAGAACCUUGCAGAAUCUCAGCAACGUCACAGUGGACAUUGUUAGCACAGCCAGCGGGCUCCUGCUGGGCUGAGUUUGUGGGUAAUCCAAGCCUCGGCAGGUACAGUUCCUCCCUCAGGGCCCAGGACACAGUGAGCAUACAAUAGACAUUAGCUGCUGUGGUGUCUUGAUUUCAAGCCCAGUGCAGAUGCAUCUGACUUAUGAAACUUCAGUGACACCUGCUCUGUGCCAGACACUGAAGAUGGAGCAGUGAACAGCACUGACCCAGCCUGUCCUCCUGUUGCCUGCAGGCCAGACGGAGUCUCACUCUGUCACCAGGCUGGAGUACAGUGGCGUGAUCUCGGCUCACUGCAACCUCCGCCUCCCAGGUUCAAGCGAUUCUCCUGCCUCAGCCUCCCAAGUAGCUGGGAUUACAGACGUGUGUCACCAUGCCCUGUUAAUUUUUGUUUGUUUUGUUUUUUGUUUUGUUUUGUUUUGUUUUUUGUGUUUUUUUUGAGACGGAGUCUUGCUCUGUCGCCCAGGCUGGAGUGCAGUGGCCCUGAUCUCAGCUCACCGCAAGCUCCGCCUCGCAGGUUCAUGCCAUUCUCCGGCCUCAGCCUCCCGAGUAGCUGGGACUACAGGCAUCCGCCACCACACCCAGCUAAUUUUUUGUAUUUUUUUUAGUAGAGACGGGGUUUCACUGUGUUAGCCAGGAUGGUCUCGAUCUCCUGACCUCGUGAUCCACCCAAGGCCUCGGCCUCCCAAAGUGCUGGGAUUACAGGCAUGAGCCACCGUGCCCGGUCAAUUUUUAUAUUUUUAGUAGAGACAGGGUUUCACCAUGUUGGCCAGGCUGGUGUCGAACUCCCAACCUCAGGUGAUUGUCGGCCUUGGCCUCCCAAAGUGCUGGGAUUACAGGCGUGAGCCACCGUGCCCAGCCGGUGGGCAGCCAGUUGUGUUCCGGGAGGAGGAGGACACCCUGGAAAGACAGUGGGGCCAGACACUGAACUGCCUUUGGAAGCAAGUAGGAGCAACAGCGAAGGUUUGCUGGCUCAGAAGCAAGUUCUCGCUGUGUUACCCGGGCUGGAGUGCAGUGGCUACUUACAGGCAUGAUCAUAGCAUACUGCAGCCUCGAACUCCUGGACUAAAGCAGUUCUCCUGCCUCAGCCUCCAGAGCAGCUGGGACUGCAGACACGCACCACAGAGCCCAGCCUGAGUCAUUUUGAUUCUGUAACUGGCUUCCUCUCAGCGGGCAGGCUCACACCCUCCACCCCCAGCUGGAGAUGGAAGGAGGAUGCUCACCGUUCAUUCCUCAUGCAGGCCAUCGAUGGAAAUGUCAGACAGUGAGAGUCCAUGCCUGAACACUUCUGGGGUCCGCUCUGGGACUGACACUGGCAGAUCCAUCGAUGAGCUCCCGCCUGCCACCUCUGGGCCUGCAUUGCGGUGAUACGGCCAAGGGCCUGGGCCUUCAAUUCUCCGGACUUGCCGAAUGCUCAGCGCAGGCCUCGUCGGCAACUGCAGACAAGCAGAGGCAGCACCUGGGCUCUGCCUGUGCCUGGCACAGUGAAGCGAGGGUGGGGGCAGGAAUAAGGGUCCUCUCCAUGCAAGGGGGGAAGAUAGAACAACAAAAUUUCACCCUAAUGUAGUGUCUUUAGACCGUGCAAUGUUGUGCUCCUGUUAGUCUGAUAUCAGGGGCUUGCAGCCUGGCAAAGGAAAAAAAACAGGCUGAGGCACGUGAUAGAAGAAAGGCAGGGAUGCCACAAUCAUAACCAUGGCAAAGACCAGGAUCAGAAAGGCCCACCAUCUCUGACCCCAAAUCCCUGGGCAGAUGGUUCCAGAACUCAGAAUUUUCCCAGUUGUAGAAAGAUGGGGCCAGGUGCAGUGGGUCACGCCUGUAAUCCCAGCAUUUUGGGAGUACGAGGUGGGCGGAUCACCUGAGGUCAGGAGUUCGAGACCAGCCUGGCCAACAUGGUGAAACCCUGUCUCUACUAAAAAAAAAAAAAAAAAAAAAAAAUUAGCCGGGCAUGGCAAUGCAUGCCUGUAAUCCCAGCUACUCGGGAGGCUGAGGCAGGAGAAUUGCUUGAACCCGGGAGACGGAGGUUGCAGUGAGCCAAGAUCCGCGCCACUACACUCCAGUCCGGGCGACAGAGCAAGAGUCCAUCCCCCACCGCCAAAAAAAAAAAAAAAAAGAAAGAAAGAUGAUGUGAUACAUAUCACAUAUUUCCUAACACCCCCAACCAAACACAUUUAUGCAUCUGCUGCAAAGCAGACGAGGAAAGAUUCUAAAUAGGCUCUGAAUCUUAGUUUUCUCAUCUCUACAAUGGGGUAGUGAUGGCAUGCACCUCCCAGGGCUGUUCUGAGAAUCUGAUGCCUCCCAUUGCACUGGUGAGCCUGGCACCGGUACAGGUCCCACCCCAGGCCCUUUGAACUGGCUGUUCCUUUGGCCUGGAACAUUCUUCCCCAGAUACCUCCUGAGAGGGCUCCCUCACUUCCUUCAGGACACUGCUCAAAUGCUACCUCUUCACAGAGGCUUUCCCUGACCUCCCCGUCUCUUUCCUCUUCCUGCAUAGCCUCUGUCACCUGACAUUUUAUGUCGUAAAUUACUCAUUUAUUAAUUUCCUGCUCUCCCACAGUGGCACCCGAGCUCUGUGAGGGCAAGACUUUGUUCGGUUGUGGGCUAUGCCCCCAACCCCUCGGACAGUGCCUGCGCAGGUGGACAUUUUUGUUGGAUGAAGGAUUUUCUGUUAAAUGUGUCUGGCACACACAGAAAAAUAAAGCCCAGCAGGUACGAUGGUGAUUAUUAUCGUUA